GGACCUUGAUACCUCCAACCCCAGUUUCAGGAGACCCAGAGGACACGAACACGGCGUCAAGGACCCCAAAUUAUCACAGAUGCCAGAUUUUGGCAGUCUGCACAAUCUAGCUCACAGUGGACCGCAUGAUGCAGCCAAUCACAGCAAAGAUGUUAUCUCUAGAGGUCAUCGCCACAGUUCCCAUACAGAUAAUGUUGAUGGUGCCUCUAACUUCCCUAACGACUGCAGUAACAUGGAAGGUGCUCUGGCUGCUCUGCCUGGUCCUGGGAAGUUGAAACAGCUGACCAAGCAGAGGGCAGCAGAUGAUGCAGACAGUGGCUUCAUUGGGUCAAUGGUAGGGUCUGGGGUCGGACUGGAUCCUGGACAGCUGCAGCAACAAAGACAGCAGAUGCAACAGCAACAACAAUCACCGCAACAGCCUGAAGAGAGGAUGAGGUUGAGGCUCACUAAAGCAGUUGAUGAAAG